ACCAGAGUUAAGAAGGAGGGCUUGGGGGUCCACCACCCCACCCGGCCAAGGAAGGCCCCAGAGUUGGACCUCGCCUCCGCUCUGCGAGUCGGCUGAGGAAGACAAAGCUGCAGAGAGCCAGAGGAGGCCUCUAGAGGAGCAGAGACCAGUGCUUGCACAGGUGGCCCCGCCCCCACCUCAGGUGUCAGCUUCUCUGCAUCCCUGAGGAGAGGCAGCACCAUGCUGGGCCCCCACCUCCCAUCCCCACCCCUCGGACCCAGCGAGGGCAGGUCUACCCCCUGCGCCUUCGGGAUCCCCGAUGGGAGCUACAGGUGUCUGGCCUUGGAGGCUGAGGAGAGCGGCGGUGAGGAGGGCCUGCAGGGAGAGGCGGGGUUCACAGACUUGGAGGAAGAUGGAGUGGCCAGCAAGAGUGAGGACAGCACCUGCAGAGCCACCCAAGGGGCACCACAGCUGCCCAGAGCCCUGGGCCUCCAGCCACCCACCUGCUCCAGGGAGGCACAAGGGGGUUCCCAGCAUGACAACAGGGCCAGCCAGGACUGGGCCAUGGUGAGGGCUCGGCAGGUGAGGACAGCCAGCCUCAGCUCCAGCCCUGGGCCCAGGGUUGCCCAGAAACCAGCGUUGGGUCGGAGCACGAGCUUCACCGAGAGAGAUCUGAAAGAGGCCAAGGCGCGGAGCCAGCAGAUCGCAGCCCAGCUGACCACCCCUCCCAGCUCCAACUCCCGCGGUGUCCAGCUCUUCAACAGGCGCCGGCAGAGGGUGAACGAGUUCACCUCGGAGAGCCACGGCCAGAGGGGACAGAAGACCAGCCAGGAGUCCCUCAGCGUGCCCCCUGCCAGCCCCACAGGCCAUGCCCCGGGGCCCAGCCUGAGUCCCACCUCACGCCCUGAGCCGGGCCCUCCCAGGAACCCCAACUGCCAGAGCCCUGACGUGGGGGUCCCUGGUCACAGCAUGGAGGGGUGCUCAGAGGAAGCUGGCUUGCUGCGGCACCUGGAGAGGAUGGCCAGUGAGGAGGAAGAGGUACCGCUGGUGGUGUAUUUAAAGGAGAACGCAGCACUGCUGACUGCCAACGGGCUCCACCUCUCCCAGAACCGAGACGCCCAGGAGUCCCCACCAACGCCACCUCCAACCGAGGUCCACAGCCCAGCUGCAGACGUCAACCAAAACCUUUCCUCAGCCAGUGCCACACUCAUCUCACCAGCUUCCGACAGCAACCACAACCUGCCAGCCACAGAUGCCAAUCAGAACCCACCGGCAACUGUCACCCCGCAGAGCCUGCCGCUUUCUAGUGUCCAGCAGAAUUCUUCCGAGGCGCAACUCCCACCAAAUGGCACAGCGUCAGAUUCCAAACCCAGCACCCUGUGUGCUGAUGGGCAACCCCAGGAGCUGGAUGCGGAGGUGAGAUCCAGCACACUCCUCAUUGAUAAGGUGUCAGCUCCACCUGCCACCACCAGCAUCUUCUCCAGAGAAGCUAUUCCUCUCUCCAGCUCCGGGCCCCCAGCCCCAGAUAUCAUGUCCAGCUCCUUGCUCAUUGAUGUCCAGCCCAGUGCCCCAGCCGUGUCAGCAGAACAAGAGAUGUCUGGGCGGGCAGCCGCCAUCACACCCACCAAGCUGUACAGUGAGGUCCACCUCACCCUGGCCAAGCCUCCAUCAGUGGUCAACAGGACAGCCAGGCCCUUUGGGAUCCAGGCAUCAGGGAGCACCAGCCAGAUGGAGCGGAGCCCCAUGGUAGAGAGACGACAUCUCGGGGAGAAGGCCCCGGCUCCCCAGCCCCCCAGCAUGGCAGACAGGAGCCCUCGGCCACAGAGACACAUAAUGUCCCACAGCCCCAUGGUGGAGAGGAGGCCCAUGGCACAGCGAAGCCCCGCCUUGGAGAGACGCCCCUUGGGGAACUUCACCCCGCCCCCCACCUAUGCUGAGACCUUGUCCACGGCCCCCCUGGCUUCCCGAAUUAGGUCUCCCCCAUCUUACUCUGCCUUGUACCCCAGCUCCGACCCCAAGCCUUCUCAUCUGAAGGGCCAGGCAGUUCCCGCCAGCAAGACGGGCAUUUUGGAGGAGUCGAUGGCCCGCAGGGGCAGCCGGAAAUCCAUGUUCACCUUCGUGGAGAAGCCCAAGGUGACCCCAAAUCCAGACCUGCUGGAUCUGGUACAGACGGCGGAUGAGAAGCGGCGGCAGAGGGACCAGGGGGAGGCAGGCGCGGAUGAGGAGCCCUUUGCACUGGGGGCCGAGGCCUCCAACUUCCAGCAGGAGCCAGCACCGCGGGACAGGGCCAGCCCCGGGGGCGCCGAGGAGAUCCUCCCGGAGUGGGCCUCGUGCCUCAAGUCACCGCGCAUCCAGGCCAAGCCGAAGCCCAAACCCAACCAGAACCUCUCCGAGGCCUCGGGGAAGGGGGCUGAGCUCUACGCGCGCCGCCAGUCCCGCAUGGAGAAGUACGUCAUCGAGUCUUCCUCACCAGGCCACGCCGAGCUGGCUCGCUGCCCGUCACCUACUAUGUCCCUGCCUUCGUCCUGGAAAUACUCCACGAACGCCCCCGGUGGCUUCCGGGUGGCAUCCCGGAGCCCAGCUCGGACCCCGCCUGCCUCCCUCUACCAUGGCUACCUGCCUGAGAAUGGGGUCCUGCGCCCAGAGCCCAGCAAGCAGCCGCCCUACCAGCUGCGGCCCUCGCUCUUUGUCCUCUCGCCCAUCAAGGAGCCCACCAAGGCCUUGCCCAGAGCCGCCGUGCCCAGAGCCGCCUCACCUGCCAAGCCGAGCUCCCUGGACCUGGCGCCCAGCCUGCCCAAGGGGGCCCUCCCACCGUCCCCUGCCCUGCCUCGGUCCUUCCGGCCCUCCCCGGGCCAGCAUGCCUGCCCUGGCCAGGAUGGCCUCCAGCCCACUGCCGGGAGCCCUACCUACAGCAGUGAUGUCUCCCCCGUGUCUCCCUCCAGGGCGUGGUCUCCCCGAGCCAAGCAGGCCCCCAGGCCUUCCUUCUCCACCCGGAACGCCGGGAUCGAGGCUCAGGACCGCCAGGAGAGCCUGCCCACCUCCCCGCCCUGGACGCCUGGCGCGUCCCGGCCCCCCAGCAGCCUGGACGGCUGGGUGAGCCCGGGGCCGUGGGAGCGGAGCCGCGGGAGCAGCAUGAGCAGCCCCCCGCCGCUGCCGCCGCCGCCGCCGCCGCCGCCGCCGCCCAUGUCCCCCUCGUGGAGCGAGCGCUCGGUCUCCCCGCUGCGACCUGAGACCGACGUGCGGCCCCCCAGCCGCCAACUGCAGGCGCUCCUGGCGCGAAACAUCAUCAACGCGGCCCGGCGCAAGAGCGCCUCCCCGCGGCCGGCGGGCGCCGAGAGCCUGCGGCCCUUCUCCCCGCCCGGGGCGCCGCCGCCGCCGCCGCCGCCGCCGCCGCCGCCGCGCAUGCGCUCGCCGCAGCCCUCCCGCCCCGGCCCAGCAGUCGGCACCGGGGCCACUUUCGCCCCGAUCCCGCGGAGCCCGCUGCCGCCCGGGCCCGCGCCCUGCACCAGCCCCCGGAGCCCGCUGCCCGCGCCGUCCAGGCCCUUCCCCUACCGCCGCUCGCCCACGGACUCCGACGUGUCCCUCGACUCCGAGGACUCCGGGGCUAAGUCUCCGGGCAUCCUGGGCUACAACAUCUGUCCCCGCGGGUGGAACGGCAGCCUAAGGCUUAAGCGUGGCAGCCUCCCCACCGAGGCCUCCUGCAGCUCCUAAAGCCUCCCCCGCCCCGACCCCGUUCCCACCCUGGGAGGGCCAAGCCCGAAGAAGAGUCAUCGGGCGUGGUAGAUCCCAGCGCCACGUCCCCAGUGGGUCUGGCCUCUUUGGACAGCGCCAGAGAUAAGGGGUCAGGGGAGGAGAGCUCUGGGCGUGGGGUGGGGUCGUGAUUCAGGCUUGGGUUCUAGCCCUCACUCUAUCAUUCAGUCGUUUUGUGACCCUGGGCAAGACCCUUCCUCUGUCUGACCCUCAGCUUUCCCAUCUGUUUAAUGGGGCUUUGGCCAAAGCAAUCUCCAAACGCCUAAAUUCCCCCUCCCAUCAAUACACAUGCACACACACUAGGUGCCUUGGAAGAGGGCGCUGUGUACAUGGACCCCGCGACUUGCUGCAUUCCCGGCUGCCAUGCUCCUCCCUCCCUUGCUGGCUCUGCUCUUUGGAGUCUGGCAAAUGAGAGGUGCGUUCAGAAGAUCUCAGGCCUAAGUUCCCCUGUCCAGGCCCUGGCUUGACCAUUUGCCUCCCUGGCACCAAGUCCCAAGCAGGAGCAGCUGUUUUCCAUCCCUUCCCAGACAAGCUCUAUUUUUACCAUGGUGACCUUUAGAGAGGUCUCCCCGGCCAGCUCAAGGUGCCCCGCUGGCCCCUCUGGAGGGAAGAGGCAGGAAAAUUCCUCCUUCCAGAUCCCUCUCUUGCUUUUGUCCACCCCACCUCAGACUGCCCAGGGCCUCUUAUCUGCAGCCAGAGAAGAUUGCUGCAAGGUGGUGAUUUCCCCUCUGCCCAGGACUUGGGCCUCCAGGAAUGCUAUGGGUGCCUCCAACCCAUCUAUCCCUUCUGGGCCCUUUCAUGGCAGGUUCUGGGCUCAAAGCUGAGCGGGGAGAGAAGAGUUGAUAUGGAGCUACCUGCUAUCCUGUGGCUUCAGCUGAUGGCCCUGAGUUUGGUUGCCCAUUCGGAAGGGAGAGGCAGAGUUCCUUGUUGUGGGAGGUAUGCCAGCAGUGGCCAAGAUGCACAGAGGAGAUUUUAGUAGGGAAUGGAUUAGCUCAGAUGCCCUCUGGGGGCUCUUCCAGUCCUGAAAUACAUUCCGCGGUAUUAGGAAGAGAGGGAGAGUAGUGUUGGUGGAUUGGCUGGGCAGAAUUCAGGGGCAGAUGAGCUUGGGUGGGUGAGUGAGGGGUUAGACCAGAGCCUGCCCGUGUCUCUGGUUCUGUAGGAAGUAGCCUGUGCUUCAGUUUCAGGCCCUCGCAUCCAUAUCAUGCCCAGAUGAGUGGGCACUGUUCUGCCCCAUCGCACUCUGGCCUAGCUAGUGCCUGGUGCCCAGUGACCUUGGGGAGUCUGACUACAGGCCCUAGCCUGUCCUUUAAACCUUGGUGGCUCUGAUUCUAAUCCCUAGGAGGGACAGGGGGAGGAAUGGGGCUGAGUUCUAUAAUUUCCAGAGUUGGUUGGUGGUGCCCUCUAGAGGUUCAGAAUCUCAGCUUCAGAAUAACUACAACAGAGAAAUGAGGGAGGGGGAAGAAAUUGGCUCAGGAUCAAAGGCAUGUAGGUGGAAGGAUACCAGGAUGUUGCUAAAGGUGAGGGACAGAGUGUGAUUUGGGGUUGGGGUAGACUUACCCACCUGUCAGGGUGAUGUUAGACCUGGAACCCCUAAGUGAGGCUAGGGAAAGUUGGGGUCAGGAUGGGAGACAGUUGGGGGAUGGGGGGGGGGGCUUUGGAAUAAAAGAGUGAUCCCAGAGGGUUCCUAGGGCCUAAGGAUUGGGAACACAGGCCCUGUUGAAAAGAUGAGAGGGUGCUCCUAUUUGGUCCAUGAUGAGUGAGCACAUUUACCAAAGUGCUCACCUGCUUCAGGGUCCCUUGUAGCAUGGGAGACUGGGGCUAAGGGCCUCUUUCAGAGAAGAAACACUAUCAGGCUACUAGCCGAUGCAGUUGCAUAGAAAAAUCCACUUCUACCUGCAUUUCCCCAAAGAGCCAGCAGGAGGCAGCCUUGGGAAGCUGCAGUUCUGUCUGCCUGUUCUCUCCCUGUCACUGCCUUUUUCCUCUCCUCUAACCCACUAGAAAUUGCCUGUGUCCUGCCUCUUGCCUCCUGUAGAAUUCAGCUCUGGCCCUCAAUAAAUGCUUCCUGCAUCCUA